AUGCCCCGCCCCCGCUCCCACGCCCGCUGCAUGCGUCGCGUACGUGCGUCCAUCUCAUCGCUCGAUCCACCGCGUGACCAGCCAGCGCUGGCGCACCUCGAUCCUGCUCUGUCCCACGAAGCACUCGAAGCGGGGAGGGGAACCAAAUUAGGGUUCAGGCGAGGGGAAGAGAGUGGCGACUGGCAGGCGAUUGGCGGCGGAAUCGAUGAUGUCGUCGGCGUCGCGUGGCUCAUCUGCUUCUCGCGGCGAAGGGAUUCGCCGGAGAGGCGCAGCAGCAAGGUCCCCGGUGCCCUAUCGGGAGGAGCCCAUGGAGUACGAGCCGGCGAUUUUUUGCCCCAAGUGCGGGAAGAAAGCGCCGCGGUGGAUUUCCUGGAGUCCGGCGAACCCUGGAAGAAGUGGCAUGAUGGGCCUACAACUGAAUUUUUGCGUCGAUUGCUGGGAGAUCUUCGAGAUAGAGUGUGGAGGCUGGAGGAGGAUGUUGAUGCACUGUUAAAUGAAGGAGAUUCACGAGCUGCUGCUUUAACCGAUGGAGUGAUUGGAGGAAAUGAAAAAAUUGCAUCAGUUAGUGAGAAAUGUGUUAGCAGAGAGAUGUUGUUGUAUGGCAUUGUGCUAUUUCUGUCUGGUAUGGUGUUAGGGAUGAUUUUAGGCUAGUGAAUCAGUUAGUAGUGAGUUGGAGGCACUGUACUGAAUUUAGAGCAAUGUAAUGGUAUUUGAGACAAGUUUCAAUGCAAUUCUGUUUGAAAA